AUGAUACCUCGGUGGCUACUGCUCGUGGUCGGUCUGUUGCUGGCUUUAACCGCACAGCCGACCGCGGCAAAAGGGGACAAACCUACGGCAAAAGCAACGGAACUCACUCAUUCACCAAGAGGUCUGUUCUACUUCGAAGGGUCCAACACAAUCGUCUUUCACGACGAAAGCACACGCAAUGCCCAGAUCUCCUUCGAUGGAGGUGAGGAAUGGGAAGUAAUCAAAGGAGACGAUGGCACUAUACAAGGAAACGCGAUUAUCGUCUUGCCGCACCCGUACGAUCGUAACCGCGCCUACAUCAUCGGUCGAAGCGGCACGCACUGGAUUACUACCAACCAAGGAGAGACAUGGAGACCGUUCGUGAUCAAGGAGCCCCCGAUGAUCAUGCGCAGUGUGAUUCCGUUCAAUUUCAAUGGCUGGGACCCUAGCAAGGUAAUCUUCAUGACUGAAGAGUGCUUCAUUAUGGGAUGCAUGACACAAUCUUUCUACACCACCGACGACUUUAAGACAAUUACGCCGCUACGCGAAACGAUUCUAGAGUGCUCUUGGGCCGCGAACACCCCCCAAUUCGGUCAAGACCUCGUGUCAAAGGAAUCCCUCGCAGACCGGAUUCUGUGUGUGGUUCCUGGAUUGCGAUCCGCCGAUCGCUCUGAGCGUCUGGUGUAUUCUGAUACCUUCUUCCGCGAUGACGUGGAGGGAACUGAGGUUAAGCUCAAUCGCGGACUGCCGGUCAGUGCCGUGCAGAUCAAGGUUCGCUCAGUGAAGAAGUAUAUUGUCGCAGGCGUUCAAUCGAAAGGCACAACUGAACAGGCCCUGUAUGUGAGCGACGACUCUCACGAAUGGCACCGUGCAGAAUUCGGUGGACAUAAAGUAGAGAAGGAUGCAUAUACGCUACUGGAAAGUACAAAUUAUAGCAUCCAGUUGGACGUACAGACCACAUGGCAUGAGAACCGCAUUGGUGUCCUCUUUUCAUCGAAUUCGAACGGAACAUACUUCUCACCUAAUAUCGAACAUACGAACCGAGAUCUGAACGGACUAGUCGACUUUGAGAAAGUCGCAGAUAUUCAAGGCAUUGUGAUUGUGAACACGGUCGACAAUUGGAAAAAAGUUGAGGAGUCGGACACUGAAGACAAAAAACUCGUGACAAGCAUCAGUUUCGAUGAUGGUAGAACGUUCCAAUCGCUUAAGGUGGAAGGGGACCGACUGCAUCUGCACUCCAUGACUACAUAUGACUCUCUGCGCAAGCUGAGCUCUUUGGGUCGCAUGUUCUCUAGUCCCGCACCGGGAUUGGUGAUGGGUGUGGGCAAUACUGGCGAUCAUUUGAAAAAAUACUCUGAGGGCGAUCUCUUUGUCUCCGAUGAUGCCGGUCUUCACUGGCGAAAGGCGCUCAAGGGCCCCCAUCGAUUUGAGUUUGGUGACCAGGGCGGCGUCAUUGUGGCUGUCAGCGAUGACGGAGAAACCAAAAAGGUCCAAUACUCUAUUGACCAUGGCAAGGAAUGGGAGGAUAUUGAGCUUAAGCACAAGAUCAAGACUUCUUUCCUGACUACGACUCCAGAUUCGACUAGUCUGAAGUUCUUGCUUGUAGGCCAAAAGAGCGAUGGUAAUGGCGAUAUCAUUUAUUCCAUCAACUUCGACGGUCUCCACGAACGCAAAUGCACCAAGGAUGACGUUGAGACAUGGACUGCUCGUGUAGAUGAGGAUGGCAAACCGGACUGUCUGAUGGGCCACAAGCAAUUCUUCCAGCGCCGAAAAUCCAGCGCCGACUGCUUCAUGAAGAACGAGUUCAAGAUGGACGCACCUAUCUUUGAAUCAUGCAAAUGUUCAGCUGAGGACUUCGAGUGUGAUUAUAACUUCCAACGAUCCGAGGAUGGCAAAGAGUGUAUCCCAGCAGUAUCAUUGACGGCCCCCGCGGGCAAGUGCAAGGAUGCUAGCGAUAAGUACACAGGUCCCUCUGGUUGGCGACUCAUCCCUGGCAACGUGUGUGUUCGAGAGGGUGGUGAGAGCCUUGACAAGGAAAUUGAGCGAUCGUGUGAUAAUACCACCACCGGUUCCCCAGUCACCGACGGCAAAGUUCAUGUAGGAAAGCCACAGGAGUUUGAUAGCGCCGACGCCGAUUACUUCUAUCUUGAACGGCAAUCGAGUAACUCUGGAGACGAUGAGACUAUUUUCAUGCUUACUCGGAACCUGGAGGUCUCUAUCUCUCACGACCAUGGCAAGACAUGGGAACAGCCUGCUGCCCUCAAGGGUGAAAUGAUUAGAGAAAUGAUUCAACACCCUGAUUACACUGACGGUGCUUACUUCUUGGCUACCUCGGGCUGGGUUUACUCCACCAUCGACCGCGGAUAUUCAUUCCGAAAGUUUGAGCAACCCACAAAAUACGUCCCAGCGACCAUGUCACCCCUGGUUUUCCAUGAAAAGUACAUGGAUUGGAUGAUCUGGAUCGGCAGUGAGACUUGCGAGGGUAAAGAUUGUGUUCUUGACGCAUACGUUAGCAAGAACCGCGGUCACGAAUGGCAAUUGAUGCUUCGCGGGGUCGGUUCAUGUGUGUUUGCAUACAAUGAAAAGCGUGAAAAUAGCGAAGAGCUUGUCAUCUGUGAACAAUAUGCCCAGGAGAACAGCAAGAAUGACCGUCAACUUGUUUCCAGCAACUCGCUGGACAAUUGGUCUGAUAAGAAGGUGAUUGACAAGAACAUUGCGCACUUUGUAACGAUGAAUGAUUUCAUCGUCGUGGCAACAUACCCCACAGAGGAGCACAAGUUCUUGAAUGUCACAUCCAGUUUGGAUGGUCGUGUCUUUGCAGAGGCUCAUUUCCCCUUUAACAUAGAUGUGUCUCAGUAUACUGUUCUUCCAGGCGCCUCGUACACAUUGUUCUUGAUGGUCCAGAUCAGCACCAAAGAGGGCCAUGCCUAUGGUUCGCUGGUUAAGAGCAACAGCAACGGCACUUACUUUGUUCAAAGCUUGGAGGCCCUGAACAUGGACGACCGAGGCUAUGUCGAUUUUGAGAAGAUGGCCGGAAUUGAGGGCGUCGCGCUCGCCAACGUUCUUUGGAACAAGGAAGAUGUUGAUAAAAAGGGAGACACCAAGAAGUUGAUCUCUGUCAUUACCCACAAUGAUGGUGGUCAGUGGAUGCUGUUACCCCCGCCGACUCGCGACGUUGAUGGCAAAAAGUUUGAUUGCUCUGUUAUAGAGGGGCAAGGUACCUAUGAUUGUGCACUGCACCUUCAUAGUUACACGCAGCGACGGGACUGGCGGGAUACCUUCUACUCCGGAUCUGCUAUUGGACUGAUGAUCGGAGUUGGUAAUGUUGGCGACUCUUUGUCGAACACCCCUGCCGAUGCCAAUACCUUCCUUACUCGCGAUGGAGGAAUCAGCUGGAAGGAGAUCAAGAAGGGCCGCUUCAUGUUCGAGUUUGGCGAUGCUGGUUCGGUUAUUGUGCUUGUCCGCGAGCACCAGCCGACCAACGUGGUCUACUACAGUCUUGACGAAGGCGAGAACUGGACGGAAUUCAAGUUCUCCGAAACCGAGAUGCUCAUCGAUGAUAUCUCAACCCUCCCUUCGGAUACAUCAAAGAACUUUAUCCUGUGGUCCAAAUCCUCCAACAAGGUCACGGCCAUCAAUCUUGACUUUAGUGGUAUCUAUGACCGUCAAUGCGAGCUGGAUGAGGUGAAUGGUCAGAGCGAUGACUAUUACUUGUGGAAUCCUACGCACCCAGCUCAGGGAGACAACUGCCUGUUCGGACAUAUCGAGCAAUACCAGCGCAAGAGGCCCGGUGCCGACUGCUGGGUCAACUGGCGUGACCCGCAUAUUCACCGGAUUGACGCCGGUAACUGCACCUGCACUCGUGCCGACUUUGAAUGUGACUACAACUACGAGAUUCAAAGCGAUGGCAGCUGUGCACUUGUCCCAGGUCUCGCUCAGCCUGACCACAGCCUACAAUGCCAGGAUAACCCCGAUCUAGUCGAGUACUGGGAGCCAACAGGCUACCGCAAGCUUCCACAGACCACCUGCCAAAGCGGCGAGCAAGACCUCGACCGCCAAGUCCCACGACCCUGCCCCAACAAGGAGAAGGAGUUUGAAAAGAAGCACGGCAUCAGCGGCGUGGGUCUCUUCUUCGCCAUUGUGAUCCCCAUCGCAGCAGCAACCGCAUUCGGAUACUUCGUCUACACCCGCUGGGACGGCAAGUUCGGCCAGAUUCGUCUGGGCGAGAGCUCCGGCUCCGGCGGCGGUUGGCUCCACGGGGAUUCCCCGCUGGUCGUUGUUCCCGUCGCUAUCAUCGCUGGUCUCGUUGCUGUCGCACAGGCGCUGCCUCUGUUGGGCAGUAGCUUGUGGCGCACUGUGAGUGGGCUCGUGCGUCGCGGUCGGGGUUCCCAGCGUCCUUAUGCGACGCGGGGCUCGUUCGCUGCUCGCAGGGGCGAUUACUCGCAUGUUGUGGAUGACGAGGAUGAAUUGUUGGGUGCGGAUGAAUUUGAGGAGGAAGAGGAGGCGUAG